GGAAGCGUAGUAGGAGUUGCAGGAGUCAUGAUUUUCCUAGGAUUUGCAGGAGUGGCUGGUUCCUUGUACUAUACAUAUUAUAAGAAGAGAAAAACAAGGAUUCGUCUUCUAAGGAAGAUAAGAGCAACAGAAUUGUACGACUCUGUACUGGUUCGACCUGGCUAUGUACAGCAGGAAAAUGUACUGCAGCCUAUACCAGAGCAGUACACAAAGAACGAUGUGUUUACAGUUCCAACCCAACAGCCACCAUUCUCGAACAACUUUCAUUUUUCUCAAAUGUAUUAAAAACAAUCUCGCAAUUUUAGAAAUUAAAAUCAUAAAAACUGAUCAUUCGCCUCAAAACCUUUGCAACGUUAUAUUUUAAACUUUGACUUUUUUAUGUUUCAAAUAUAACAAAGUUCAAUUUUAAAGAAGUUGAACCCCGUCUAGACGACGCUUAAUUGAAUAAGGUUAUUGAUGGUUCAAAUUCUUUAUAUUCGACCUCAUGAUCAUAAAAUUAGAGAAUAUGAGAAGGUUCAUCAUUUUCUUUGAUUUGAUUUAUAUAAUACUGUACAUAUACAGGGUUACCCACAAUGGAUGAGAUUGUAAAGACGACCUGAUGGUUCCAAGGUUAAAUUAAGUUUUCUGCCUUAAAUAUAAUUCGUAAUGGCUUAUCCAAUAAUUAUAAAAAGAAAGAAACAAGAAUACGGCUGCAGGGACUGGGGGAAUCAUUAAUAUAAAGAAACAGGUAGUGAAAAUUCUGCACAGUCGUCUCUGAAGUCUAAUCCUUUUUGGGAAGCCCUGUAUAAUAUAUAUAUUAUAUUUAGUAUUAAGUUUUAUGUUAUCGUACUUUAAUUCUAGUUUUUAUUUAAAUAAUGUUGUCAAAUAAAUCAAAAUAGAUAUGAUGAACAACCUUACAACUCGUUCAGUUUUAGAUAAGCCGUUUACAUGCUUAUUUUAUUUAUUUGGCUUUGAAAUAGCCACAAUUAUAUCGAAUAUGCUUUUCUUAAAAAUUUCAUUUUUUAAAUUCAAUAUUGAUUUUUAGAAACCUUUCCUCUUUUUAUUAAAAGGUAAAGAUGAAUAAGCUGGAUAGGAAGGCGCUUAAAUGUGAAGAAGUUUAAGUCUGUUUUAGUAAAAACAGUCACAGAAUUAUUUUGAA